AGAAAGGGAAAGUACCUUGCGAAAAGGUUCUAUCGAUCGAGGCCAAUUGCGCGUUCACGUGAAAUAGCGCCCCUGCACUUUCCUAGAAGCUAGCUAGCUACGUGCUUUUAGCAAGACAGUGUAAUGGACGUCAUGCUUCAUAUGAAGAUGUUAAAGGACAUUUUAAGUGUGUUUUGCACAAUUUGUUUGGUCACCAAUUUUUCCACUGCAGCCCAAGACGGUUCUAAUGGGAAAAAGGACCAAGAGUGUCACAAUUACGCUGGAGGACACGUCUACCCUGGAGAGGCUUUCCGUGUGCCCGUCUCUGACCAUUCCCUGCACCUCAGCAAGGCGAAAAUUUCAAAGCCGGCACCUUAUUUUGAGGGAUCAGCUGUGAUCGAUGGAGAGUUUAAGGAGCUCCAGCUUUCUGACUACAAAGGGAAAUACCUAGUCUUCUUCUUCUACCCCCUGGACUUCACAUUUGUCUGCCCGACUGAGAUUAUUGCAUUCAGUGAUCGUGUGCACGAGUUCCAUGCCAUCAAUGCUGAGGUUGUUGCCUGCUCUGUUGACUCACAAUUCACCCAUCUGGCAUGGAUCAACACACCUAGGAAGCAGGGUGGACUUGGGCCAAUGAAAGUCCCUCUGCUGUCUGACCUCACACACCAGAUUUCCAAGGACUAUGGAGUCUUCCUGGAGGAUGCAGGACACACACUCCGGGGCCUGUUCAUCAUCGAUGACAAGGGAGUCCUGAGGCAGAUUACCAUGAAUGACCUCCCGGUAGGGCGCUCUGUAGAUGAGACCCUGCGGCUGGUCCAGGCCUUCCAGUACACUGACAAACAUGGUGAAGUGUGCCCAGCAGGAUGGAAGCCAGGCAGUGACACGAUAAUCCCAGACCCAUCGGGCAAACUCAAGUACUUUGACAAGCUGAACUGACCCUCCCUUGCUCUCUAAACUCUUUGGUUGAAGCUCAGAAUAAAAACAGAGUUUUGAUAA